UUAUUAUAUUUUAAUCUGAAAUUGUCUAAAAUAAAGUUUAUUUCAGUGUAUACGGACUUCCAGUGUAACAUUUCCAGUAUGCAAAGGACCUACAAAUCCAAGAAAGAUACAGGGGGUGGUCUGGAUCCUCGUGAAGUAAUAUUUUCGCUCGACGAUAAAAGUUCAGCUUUCGAUGCAUUUUAUAUUCAAAAUAUUAAGCAAACUAAACGUGAACAUUCAUGUAUGAGUUCCUCGAACCAGUACAGUAGUGCUGCUAAUAAAGUUCGCAAGAGAAAAUAUGUAAGGAGGAUUGUCAAAGAGGUUGAACGUAUUCCAGAGUAUACAAGCAAAUCCUCAUAUCUGACUCCAGAUAAGUCAAUACAUGUCAACAGAGGACAAGAUUUAUUCGAUCAACUUCUAAAUUCCUCUUCACCCACCGGAAAUGAAACAAUCAAAACCAAUAAAAAUGAUUUAUUUGACAAACUCAAACUAAGCAAGGAAAAAAAUACUUACAGUCGAAAGAAGAUUACAAAAACUAGGAUAAAAACAUUCAACUAUUCCAGCAGUGAUUCUACUGAUUCUGAUAAAGAAAAUAGUAGUGAAACAAAAUCACAAAAUGCAACAAAUAUAGGAAAACAUGAAUUGGUUAUUGAAAGAGAACCUAAGAAAAGCAGUCCUUACUGUCAGGAUCAGGACGACUCUAUCAACCAUAUAGCAAACUUGUCUAUAAUAAAUAAAAUGACAGAUUCUUGCACACCGAAAAAUUACAAAUCUAACAAUUAUGAAAAUAAUAGACUUACAGAACAUCUAAUACCAAAUCAGAAUUCACCCCUCUGCAGCACUCCAUUCAUGGAAAAAUAUCGCGGAAAAUCUAUUUAUAAAUUCUCACCAAUUUCUAUGGGAAAAUUAGAUGAAAGCAAUACACACAACACAGAUCAUACAGAUAGCAAUGAAAAAGACAAGAGUGUUGUCUUAUUUGAUAGCAAUGAAAUGGAUUCUCUUGUGGUUUCUAAUAAUAUACAUGUGCCCUCUCCAGUAUUGAAAUGUACUUCUAAAAGUAUGUUUAACAACAGUAGCGGUCAUUCAAAUGUUAGCAGACGAAAGAAAAACUCAAAUAAUAGUCUUAUAAAUAAUUCUGUACACAAAGAGGACAGAGAUGAAGCUGUAAAAGAAGAUGUAAAAAAUAACAUUGAUUCUUUGAUACAGUACAGUACUGAUGUGACUCCAUUCCUAGGAUUUGUUAAUAACACUUUAAAACAUGAAGAAGAUCCUGAAAUAAUUCUAGUAGAUAAUGAAAUAGAAACAGAAAUUAAUACUUCACCAAGAAAGAGUUUAGUUCUUCAGACAAGUACUAAAAAUAAUUUGUUUAAAAGAAGAAAUGAUUCAAAAGCAAGUAAUUCAUCUUCAGAUAAGUCUAACACCUCUGUAAAAUCUAACAAAUCCGUAAAAAUUACGAACAUAACAUUUGAGGAGGACUUUUUGCCACCAAGUAAUAUUGAUACCAAUCAAAUGAGUAUUGAAGAUGAACCCUUUCUGGGCUUUUCAACAAAUACAAUAUUAAAAGCUGAAGAAAUAAUAGAUGUAGAUAAAAGCUAUUUUGACAGUGAAGAAAAUUCCAGCAAUGAUAUAACUAUGGUUGAAAGUGAGAUACCUAAACAGAUAGAUGAAAUUGAGACUGAAAAUAAAUUAAGUAUUUCCAUAGAAGAUAACAGCUGCAAUGAAGAUAAAUUCAUGACUUUUAGUACUACCCGAAAAACUGUUGCCACUGAAUCUAUAAUAGAGUCAGAUAGUGAUGGCCAAUCACAUUAUGACACAUGUGACAGCCUUGAGCGUUUCAGUGAAGAAGAAAAAUGCGAGCCGAAAACUAAAAUACCCUUGGUUGUAUUAGAGAGAAUGAAUUUAUCAAAUUUUGAAAAGCAUAGAAAUAAAAAUACAAGUGACUCUUCUAGUAGUAGCAGUAAUAAUUCUUCAGCGGAAAUAUCUUACACAGAUAAAGAUACUAGUUCUAAAGAGGUUGAAGAAUCAACUGAUACAGAUACUGAAAGCAAUAUCAGCUCUCAAACAUCAAGCACUGGUACUGAGAGUUUUAUAAAUGAAGAGUCGAACGAAUCUAAAGAAGAAAUAGAGGAAUUAGCUACACAGACAUCAGGAUCACAGAGUAACGAAGAAGAAGAAAGGAAUUUCGUAACAAAAAGAAGAAGGAAUGAUGCUGUUAACAAUUCUUCACUACUAGUCCUAGAUGAAACUACGGACAAUAUCAACACAAGUACUAGCACUGAUGAAGCAAACACAACUGUACUGCACAAAUUGUUUAACAAAAAUCGACCUGGUAAACGUGUUACUGAAGAUUUGAUAUCUGAAGUGCUUUCAAGAGAUGAUGUUACUGAAUCAUACAAGAGUCUUGUUAAAAACUUUAGAAUGUCUGUAGCUGAUCGCAAUGCUUCAAGGAUAGCUGAACACGCUCAUCAAAGUAAUAAAGCAACUGGAUCAGGACUACAUUCUAUAUCACAUGAUGUAUCUAAACUAGACAAGACUGUGAUGGAACCAGCAAUUGUCCUGCAACCUGGGAAGAAAUGGGAGAGAUCUUUGAGUAUUUACAGGAGGAUGACCACAAUGAGUACAUGUGAUGGCUCUGUUCUAGAAGAUGAUGAAUUGGAUAGAAAGGGAAGAAAAUACAGACAAAGUGUUAUAGAAACUAUGGAGAUGCAGCCACAUAAAGGUCCACUACAUAAUGAGUCAUUUCAAAGUUGCAGAAGUAGUAUUGUUUCCAAGCCACAUAGGGCAACUAUUAAAAUUAUAAAGGACCCCAACAGUUCUAAUCAAAGUCAUCACUCUUCGUCGGUUUUGAAUGAUCUUUCAGGAUUUCUACACGAGGACUGUGAUGAUACGGUUGUCGAACUAUCGAAACUCUCGAUUUCUGGUCCGGAACUCGAGGUUACAAUAGUUGAGAACGUCCAUGAGUCGGAGCGCCUCACGACCGCUCGCGAGUUUGUGCUGCGUCGCUGCAACCAGACAGAGCCGAUACUGUUUGAUGAAUGUUACCCGGACACGGUACUAAAGAAUUGCCACAAGAUUGGCGAGGGUGUGUAUGGCGAGGUGUACCUGUGGAAAGCUCGCGAUGGCCGUGCGAGGGUUAUGAAGGUGGUCCCGAUAGCCGGCAGCACGAAGGUCAACGGGGAGCAUCAGAAGGACUUCCACGAGGUCAUCUCUGAGAUUGUGAUUGCUAUGGAAUUGAGCGCACUCCGCGCUCCCAUAGCAGAUAUCGAGAAUCACUUAGAUGAGGGCAAGGACAUCGCAUCACUGGAUCUACAUUCUAUAGAGAAUGCUACUGAUUGCUUCAACGAGGUGUUGGCAGUAAGGUGCGUAUACGGCAGCUACCCAUCCCGUCUGCUCGACCUGUGGGACUUAUUCGACGAGUGCAAGGGCUCAGAGAACGACAACCCAGCCGUGCUACCCGCAGACCAGCAGUUCCUGGUGCUGGAGCUGGCCAACGCUGGCCAGGACCUCGAGAGCUACCAGUUUACCAACGCGGAGCAAGCGCAUGCGUUGUUUAUGCAGGUGGCGUUUGCUCUAGCGGUAGGCGAGGAGGCGUUCCAGUUCGAGCACCGCGACCUGCACUGGGGCAACGUGCUGAUCGCUCCCACUGAGCAGAAGUACGCAACAUUCGUGCUCCGCGGCCGUUCCUACCGCCUGCCACGUCGAGGGGUCGCGGCCACCAUCAUCGACUACUCUCUGUCUCGCGCGGCGCUGCCCGUGGCGGGGGACCGCGUGGCGCUGUACAACGACCUCGGGCGGGACGAGGAGCUGUUCGCGGCCGUCGGGGACAAGCAGUUCGAUGUGUACCGCUCCAUGAGAGAGCACACUGGUAAUGAUUGGAAGGUGUUUGAGCCGUACACCAACAUUCUCUGGCUCGAGUACGUGGCUGAUAAGAUGAUAACAGCGCUGCGCUACAAGAGAGUCAACACUAAGGUGCACAAACACUACAUCGCCAAGCUCAAGGGCAUCAAAGACCGCAUCCUUACCCACAGGAGCGCAGUACAAUUCGUACUCACUGACGACGAAUUUUAAAUUUAGAAAAAGAAACACAAACAACGAACAAAUUAUGUAAUAAAAUCUCUCACGACAUUCACCAUUCAUUCAAUUCAAUAAACAAUGGACAUUUUAAACAUGGUUUGCGAUUUAUAUAAAGGUAGCGUAGAUUGCUUGACAAUGCAUUGUGAUGUAUAUAGAAAUUGCUUAUAUAAAAUUGUUACAGUAGUGGACCUCGAAAGAUUUAUUUAUAACAUUGUAGAACAGUUUCAAAAGCUUGAGGGGGAUUUUUCACCCGAUUUAGUGCCUUUGUUCACACAAGAAAUAAACUCAUAUGUUGUGUUCCCAA